AUCUGUCAGAUCAAUGAGAGUCCUAUAUUUGUGAGAUUGAACCCCCUCGCUCGACAGUCAGAUCUCCCAGUGACAAUCUAUGAGUCAGUUAUCGAUCUUGUUAACAAUGAAGCCACCAUGUUAUUUGUGGAGUUACAGUACACUCUGGCCACUGAGGAAGCAGAGAGAAUAGGGGUAGAUCACGUGGCACGGAUGUCUACCUCAGAUACCGGAGAAGGGUCAUCAGUUGCUGAACACCUUAUUGCCCAACACAGCUCUAUCAAGAUGUUGCACAGUCGGGUCAAGCUCAUUCUGGAGUACAUUAAGGCCGUACAGGCUGGAGAGGUGCCUAAGAACCACGAUAUUCUACGUGAGGCCUACAGUCUUUGUUACAGACUACCUGUUCUCAACACGCCCAAGUUCAAAGAGGACUUCUAUAAUCAAUGUAAUGAUGUUUGUUUGAUGGCAUACCUGGGAACAAUAACAAAGGGCUGCAACACAAUUAACCAGUUUGUGAACAAGUUUAAUGUAAUGUACGACAGACAAGGCAUGGGUCGCAGGAUGCGGGGACUAUUCUUUUGAGGGCUGAGAACUAACUUAAUUCAUUGUUUGAGAACCAGUCCAAGCUGUGAUUUUUAGAUGCUUCAGAUUUGUGACAGGAAUCUGUAUAUAGUGCUCCACGAAGAAUGAAUGAAAGAUGUAUGUUGUUGGAAGUGAGUCGAAAAUAAAUGUUGAAUAUGUAGUGUG